AUGAAUGGGUCACCACCUCCGACGGAAACACCGGCUCUGGAGCCAAUUGCAAUUAUUGGAUACUCCUGCCGACUUCCUGGUGAGGUCUCGUCGCCGAGUGAUCUAUGGGAGCUCUGCACAAGAGGGCGCAGCGGCUGGACGCCCAUACCCAAGGACCGCUGGUCUGUCGAGGCCUUUCACCACCCGAAUGCUUCGAAACCGGGCACCAGUAAUCAGGCUGGUGGCUACUUUCUCGGUGAUGUUUCCCGGUUCGACGCACCUUUCUUCAAUGUCAGUGCCCAGGAGGCCAUAUCUAUGGACCCACAGCAGCGCUUCCUGCUAGAAUGUACAUACGAAGCCAUGGAAAGCGCCGGGAUUUCGCGAGAAUACAUGGCCGGACGUAGCAUCGGGGUUUUUAUUGGAGCAAACUGGCCCGACUACGAGACGAACAAUAUCCGCGAUACGGAGACGGCCCCAAUGUUCCAGGCCACUGGAGGAUACCCUGCGCUCCAGUCGAACCGAAUUUCCUACAUGUUUGACCUGAAGGGUCCGAGUUUGACGGUCGACACCGCUUGUUCGUCUUCCCUUGUGGCCUUGCACUCCGCUGUACAAAGUUUGCGGAGCGGAGAGUGCACCGAGGCGCUUGUCGGUGGUUGCCAUCUGCUUUUGACCCCCGAGAACUCCAUCACGAUGUCGAUGCAACAGUUACUAAACGACGAAGGGAAAUCAUUCGCAUUUGAGGAGAGAGGAAACUCGGGCUUUGCGCGGGGUGAAGGCGCAGGUAUAAUUAUGCUGAAGAGCCUCUCCGCAGCUUUGCGUAAUCGCGACCCCAUCCGGGCUUUGAUUGCCCACUCAGGAGUUAACCAGGACGGCAAGACAAGGGGAAUCACAUGUCCCAAUGGUGUGGCACAAGAAGAAUUGAUUCGGCGGGUAUACAAGGAAGCAAACUUGAACCCGGCUGACUGUGGCUUUGUUGAAGCCCACGGCACAGGAACCGCUGUCGGUGAUCCAAUAGAAGCAACCGCGAUCCAGGCAGUGUUCGGAAAGGGGCGCAACGCGAGAAGCCCGCUCUACAUCGGAUCAGUCAAGACGAACGUCGGCCAUCUAGAAGGUGCCAGUGGCAUCAUAUCAGUUAUCAAGUCUGCCAUGAUGCUCGAGAGAGAACUUAUCCUCCCCAACGCCGGAUACAAAAAUCCUAAUCCCAAGAUUCCUUUUGCAGAGUGGCAUAUGAAAGUCGUCAACAGGACGCGUCCUUGGCCCCGCGGCAAACGAUACAUCAGUGUUUCCAACUACGGUUUCGGUGGUACAAACGCACACGUCGUCUUACAAAAAGCACCAUCGCAGGUGCCGCAGGAAGAAGUGACUAGCACUAAAGACAAGGAGGGCAAACGCCGGUUGCUCUUGAUCUCCGCACACGACCGAGAGGCCCUCCGCACCAGAUGCAAGGAAUACUGCAUUUACUUCGAGCAACGCCCCGAAGUCUUCGAGAAUACUUUGUUCGGCAACUUUGCAUACACAGUUGGGAGCAAACGGUCUCACCUGCCAUACCGAAUUGCCCUGUCCGCUACAUCACUCGAUGAUGCCGGUGUCCAACUGGCACAGAUGAAGAUCAACCCUGUCCGCGCUAUUGGCGGUGACGGACCUUCUGUUUCAUUUGUCUUCACAGGUCAGGGAGCCCAGUGGGCUCAGAUGGGUAUGCCACUCAUGGAUGAAUUCCCCGUUUUCGCAGCGGCGAUCCACCGCGCCGACAAACACCUGUCUGAAGGAUUGGGCGCAGAAUUUUCUCUCCGCGAGGAGUUGCUGCAAACUGAUACAAAUUCAAGGGUUAAUAUGCCCUACAUCAGUCAACCGGCCUGCACUGCGCUGCAAAUUGCCCUUGUGGACUUGCUUCGCUCCUGGGGAAUUCAACCGGUCUCGGUAGUUGGCCAUAGUUCCGGUGAAAUUGCUGCGGCGUAUGCGGCCGGGAUCUUUGACCUAGAGGGCGCCCUGACACUUGCGUACCGCCGUGGCCAAAUGACAGAGUUGUUGAAAAGCCAAUAUCCAGACCUGAAGGGUACCAUGAUGGCCGUUGGGACCAGCGUGGAAGCCAUCCAGCCAAUGCUGAAGACCCUCUACUCUGGUUAUGCUACUGUGGCAUGCGUCAACAGUCCAUCCAGUGUCACCAUAUCUGGUGAUGUACCGGCUAUUGAGGAGCUGCAGGGCAUCCUCGAAGAGAAGAAGAUUUUCAAUCGCCGCCUCAUCAUUGAUGUGGCUUACCACUCUGAUCACAUGAAAAAGGUCAGCGAGGCCUAUUUGUCCGCCAUCGCAUCAGUGCAGCCCUCGGGCGCGGCCACUGCCACCUUCUUUUCGUCCGUAGUUGGUGAUGUAAGCGAUCCUACCGACCUUAGCCCAAGCUAUUGGGUCCAGAACUUGACGUCUCCGGUGCUCUUUGUCAAUGCUCUUGGCAAAAUGUGCGGUGUCGGGAGCAAACCCAACCUUAUGGUGGAGGUUGGGCCCCAUUCCGCUCUCAAGGGACCAAUUCUUGAUACAUUAAAGGCCCUGGGGUCAUCGGUUGCUUCUGAAGUCGCAUAUGUGCCGACGGUGGUUCGGAAGGUUGAUCCUUCCCAAUCUCUCCUCGACGCCGCGGGUGCCGUUUAUGUACGUGGCGGAACUCUCAACAUCAACGAAAUCAACUUUCCCUUCAAUGGCACUGGAACGUGCAAUGUCCUCGAUGAUCUACCUCGGUACCCGUGGCAACAUGACACAGUCUUCUGGCACCAUAGCCGUAUCAGCGAGAAGCAUAGAUUCCGUGAUGGACAGAGAAACGACAUACUGGGUACCGAAGCAUUCUACUCCAAUGACCUGGAGCCAACAUGGAGGAAUAUUGUCCGCCUCGACGACAUACCGUGGCUCCGAGACCAUAGAAUGCAGGGUAUGAUUGUGUAUCCAAUUGCUGGUUACAUCAGUAUGGCGAUCGAGGCCGCUCGGACGCGUGCACAGAAGUAUAGUACGGUGGCCGCCGAGUCGCAGUUCGAACUGCGCGAAGUGAGCGUGGGUGCUGCCCUGGUCUUGACUGACGACCUCGAUACCGAGAUCACCAUUACCCUCCGGCCUUACGCUGAAGGCACGCGAGGUGCUUCAAAUGCGUGGGACGAAUUCCACAUUUGCUCUUGGAACUCCAAGCGGCACUGGAUUGACCACUGUACGGGUCUUGUCAGGGUUAGCCCCAACAAAAAGUACCGGAAGCAUAACCCGGUCGUUGACGUUGUCGACAAGGCAGAGAGGGCUUUUGCGAAGAAGAGUAGUGAGGUGUUGGAGGCGGCGACAUAUGAAAUUGAUACCGAGAACAUGUACAAAGUUUUAAGCGACGUCGGCGCCGGUUAUGGUAUGGCAUUUCAAGGGUUUCGAAACUGCUUCUCCGGGCCUCAUCACUCGCGUGCGGACCUGUAUGUUUGCGAUACCAAGUUACUCAUGCCGAAACACUACGAAGCUCCCGUUGUCAUCCACCCCACUCUAUUGGACACUCUUUUGCACCUGACCUGGCCCAUUCUUGGUAAGGGUCGGAUGGACCUGGAGACUCUGUACGUGCCAACCGUCAUAAAGUCUCUUGUCAUUGAUGGAAACAUUCCUUCUACCGGUCACCACUUUCCGGCCAGGUGUAUGGGAGGUUCCGGCCGGGCCAGGCCCGAACCUACCAAGUUCGACUUAUGGAUGACUCCUGCAGACUCUAGUGAGGUUUUGAUCAAUAUGGAGGGGUUGGUAAUGACCCCAAUCAAUGAUACUGGAUGCGAUAACAAGGUGGCCCGGGACCUAUGCUAUCAGCUGCAGUGGAAGCCCUUGAGUAAAGUCGAACAAGUGACUACUGGAGAAGCGAUCCAGACAAAACAACCCAAUGGCCAUAGCAAACCACACGCCAUUGAACACGUCAAUGGAUACGGACAUGGAAUCCACUGCCAUCAUAACAAACCCCAAGACGAUAUCCUUAUUGUCAAAUUUGGCGACUGCGCACUUGCAGCCGAGCAAGUGCAAGAUGUCAUCUCCACCAAAGCCAUUCGCUGGUCAACAUCCAUCUCGUCAUUGAGUGACUGUAACGCGAAGCAGAAACGGCAGCAUGUUAUUGUCCUGCAGACUGCAGUCGAAACCCUGCGUGAUCUUACUGAGGCAGACUUUGCCAACGUUCAGCAGAUUCUUCUCAGCUCAACAAACCUUAUUUGGGUCUACCGCGACGACACUCCUGAUUCCCAGAUGAUCGUUGGCCUCAUCCGUAGCUUGCGUUCCGAAACUGAUGCCAAAGUUGCCACCCUUGGACUGAGCGCUGAAGAUCUGGAGAGGCCAGCUGGCCCUAUCUUGGCUGCUAUGAAGGCCCUGUGGCCGACCGAGGAAUCCUUCAGUCCCUGUACGGACUUCGAAUUUAAGACCAAGAAUGGCGAGCUUAUGGUCCCUCGUAUCAUAAACGAUAACGCUCUUGAUGCCUUUGUGGUGAAGGAGACUAGUGACGAUCUCACUCUUGAAACACAACCAUUCGUUCAACCCGGCCGCCGCUUCAAGCUUGAAAUAGGAAGCCACAGCGCUCUUGAUACCCUUUACUUUACAGAUGAUGAUGUCAAAGCCCUGGCUGACGAUGAAAUUGAAAUCGAGGUCCAUGCUACCGGUCUCAACUUCAAGGAUGUUGCCGUCACCAUGGGACAACUCACCCAGCCUUACAUUGGUAUUGAGUGCAGUGGCGUCGUCACAUCUGUUGGCAAGAAGGUUACCAAUUUGAUGAUUGGCGAGCGAGUUAUGGCUCUGCCUCUUGGCGCAUACUCUACCUUCGCCCGCUGCAAGGCAACCAGCGCGACUGCCAUCCCCGAAAACCUUUCGUUCGAGGUUGCCGCCAGCGUACCUGUCGUCUUCUGCACUGCUUACUAUGCCCUUUAUGAGCUUGCCCGUCUCCAACACGGAGUCGGCGAGAAGGUUCUCAUCCACGCCGCCGCCGGUGGUGUCGGGCAGGCAGCCAUUAUGCUGGCCCAAAUUGCCUCAGCCGAGAUCUACGCAACCGUUGGAAGCGCCGAGAAGAAGAGCCUCCUUAUCUCAAAGUACGGUCUCCGUGCAGACCACAUCUUCUACAGUCGUGAUGCGUCCUUUGGCCGCAGCAUUCGCGAGCUCACAUGCGGCGGGGUCGAUAUAGUACUCAACUCCCUCGCUGGGGAUCUUCUCCGCGAAAGCUGGGAGUGUCUCGCACCGUUUGGCCGAUUCAUUGAGAUCGGCAAGGCGGACAUCACCAAGAAUACGCGCCUGGACAUGCUACCUUUCGAGAACAACCUCUCGUUCCACUCAGUCGAUCUUACUAAGGUCGCUGCUUACAGGCCUCGGUUGAUGCAUCAGUUGCUGGAUAAGGUUUCUUGGCUUCUGGACAAGGGCUUCAUCCACUCCGUCUUUCCUCAGUCCGUCUGCCCUAUCGCUGAGAUUGAAGGCGCCUUCCGGGCUUUGCAGACUGGAAAGUCGAUGGGUAAAACUGUGGUAGUCCCGAGACAAGGCGAUCAGGUCAGAGCUGUGGUCGCUAAGACACGCGAUGAUAUCCUCAUGGCAGAUGCCACGUACGUUGUUAUUGGGGGUACUGGUGGUCUCGGCCGAAGCAUAGCGAGGUGGAUGUCACAAAAGGGCGCUCGCAAUAUUGUGCUUGCGUCCCGACGCGGCAUUGUCGACAUCCCUGUACAGACAUUAAUAGAUGCUCUGCAUCCCAGCGGCACAAACAUUGUGGUGAAGGCUUGCGACGUGAGCAAUCGCACGUCCGUCGAUGCCAUGCUGAAGGACCUGAAAAACCUUCCUCCAAUUCGCGGCGUCAUCCACGGUGCAAUGGUUCUACGGGAUAUGAUCUUCGAGAACAUGCACUUCGCGGAUUUCCGGGCAGUGACGGACAGCAAAGUCACGGGAGCCUGGAACCUCCAUCACGCCCUCACCUCCUACCCCCUUGACUUCUUCGUUGCCCUCUCCUCUGUCUCUGGUGUAGUCGGUAACAAGGGACAAGCGGCCUACGCCGCCGCCAACGUAUUCCUAGACGGCUUCAUGGAAUGGCGCCGCAGCCAAGGUCUCCCCGGCACAAGCCUUGCCCUUACGGCGGUAAGGGACGCAGGCUAUCUCGCCACGGUAGACGCCGCACGCCGGGCAGAGGUCCUCCGCACCAUCGGCACGGAGGGCAUGACCGAGUCGGAAGUGUUGGCCCUGCUCGCUGCGGCUGUGACGGGAGACCUUGCCCAUCUGGCAAUUACCGGAUUGGCGUCUUCGACACGACAACCCCUCUGGCCGCAAGACGCCAAAUUUGAGCUCUUGACCCCCAAGACCCGCGGAGGUGAGGAAGAUGUAACCGAUGAGGGAAUUUCUCAACCCCUCCACGUGCAACUCACCAAUGCUGCCUCUAAGGAAGAGAAAGUGCGGGUGUGCUACGAAGCUUUGGCGGCCAAGCUGGCUCAGGUACUGGUCUUGAACCCAGAGGACAUCGAGCCAUCGCUUUCUGUGUCUGCACUGGGUCUUGACUCGCUGGUUGCUAUUGAGCUUCGGAGCUGGAUUGCACGUGAGGCGAGGGCUAAUGUGCAGGUUUUAGAGCUUUUGUCUACGGGUACGUUGGGGGCGGUGGCUGAGCUUAUUGUGAGUAAGUCGGGGAUAUAA